UUGGGAUCAAAGUGAUCCACCCUGCCAAUGUUUUGAAAUACCCAGAUAAAGUCAGCAGGAUCACCUUGAUCCCUGACUGAGAAAAGGAGGAUUUCAUUACCCGGAUUAUUCUGAUCAAGAUUACAAGUUUUGAAAUACUGGGCCCUGCUGGGGAUCACGCUCAGCCUGAACUGACCGUAGUUAUAACAAUACACGCGCAGUACAAUCUAACUGAGGCUGGCCUUGGUUCGGAAGCGGCGGCUCACAUGUCUGCAGUGGUGCUGUCUCCCUUGCGCUCCACAGCCGUGCAGGUGCUGAGUCUGACCGGCACACCGAGCCUAACGGGUCUGUGAGGCUAUAUACCGGCUUCCAAGGCAGCUAGACUCCUCUGCUCACCACUGAUGCAUAAACAGGACUCUGUUGCUGUCUCUUGUAUGUCGAAGACUGGAUGAGUUGGUGAGGUCAAGAAAUAUCCUGAGCUGUGUGACCAUCAAUCCCAUCGUCAUAAAGAAAAAGGGAAAACAAAACAUAGCCCAUUACCUGGACAGAGCGGUGGAAUUGACAUUUCCACACCUGUUGACAUAUUAAGCGAAAGCAUCAAAGGCAAAAGAAAGAGGCUUUCAUAAUUCAUGUGGCCAUUAGUACCUGCUGGGAAAGAUGAGUACAGACAGACCCAAACGGAAUAUCAUCAAAAAAAAAUAUGACAUCAGUGAUGGGAUGCCAUGGUGUGAAGAACGUCUGGUCCGCAAAGUUCUUUUCCUCUCCCUCAGGGAAUUCAGAGACACCCACCGUGCCACACGCAAACACUCGCAGAUACACACGCGUGCACACAAACGCACUUCAAAAAAUACACUCUUACAUGCCCAGCGAAAGACGCAGACACUUCCUAAAACACACACAGAGAAAAAAAGGAGCACAAGACAGAGUGUGCACACGCCACAACAAAGAGUCACACACAAACCACCAAACACACAGAAAAACACACACAGUGCAAAAAAUACAGACAUUUCGAAACAUCUCCGCCCUCACCAACACACUAACAAAGGGCAAAUAUCUAACUUGUCUCAGGACUCACACACACCAAAAAAUAAAUGUACUCAAACACCACAGAACAUGCAAACACAAUUAAAAAUGUGUGCAGGGAAAGUCACUAACACUGUACCCCAAACACACCAACAAGAAAAUACACACAUGUUCCAGAAUUCUGAGUCGACCAGGACACUACGCUCACAUAAAACACAAAAUACACUGUUGCUGUUAAACUCAAAAUACACUGAAACUGCAAAACACACACACACUACUCAUAACAAACACUCUGUGAAAAACACACAGACACUGCUGAGCCCUCCUGCCCCUGCGAGGACCCUGCGCUCACACACUCCUACAAGCCUCAGUGGCUCCCUGGUUAAUGGCAUCAGCCAAUGUCAGUCCCUCCUGUCAGCUAGUCCAAGCUGGAGCUGGUCCUUACAGACACGCCCUCAACAGCGCUGCCCUGCUAGUAUACAUCGUCACAAGGUUGACCCUGCCAGCAAGAGGUCAGCUGCUCUAGUACCAAAGGUGCAAGCGCAGAGGAAGUUUGCCCAGUCCCCUCCCAGCUCCCCAGGAUCUCCUGUGUUGAUGACACCAGCACAAAGUAAUCACAGCCACAACCUGGCCAUGGUCACUUGUCUGACAAGACGCCGACCCAAGACUGAGGACUUCUUGUCUUUUCUUUGUCUGAGGGGUUCAGCAGCGUUGCCUAGCAGCAUGGCCUUCUUAGCAAGUGGACGAGCAAAGGAGCCAGCUGGCACUCAGUAUCUCACUUCCUGUCUUUCCACCAAUCACAGGACUGCAACUAAGGGGAAGAACAUGAGCAUAUUCAGCAGAUCAACAGUGCAGCAAGACUCUAGGUCUCUGAGAGGAAGGCCUGGAGGAUCUGCAGUGGUCAGGUCCUUCUGCCCUCUAACCGCCCGGGCACAGAGGAGGAGGGACAGAGAGAGGAGAGAGGAGGAACAGCAAAGGAGGAGGAGAGAGGGGGAGGAGAAGGACAGGAGAGAGGGAGCUGAGAGACACCUACCGAGACCUCCACAGCUCUCCCUACAGGUCAGGAGGACUAACAAGGUUGCCCUGAUGACUGGACUCUCUGAACAAAGAACCUCUUGUGUCAGGUCAGUUCCUACCUUAAAGCCUAGGACAGGGGUGGGCAGCAGAUGCCCCCCCAGGCCCUGCACAAGGCCUAGCAGUACCUGUAAACCAAGACUCCAUGAAACCAACAACAACCACCUCUCCCGGCAUAGCAAACACCAACUGCCUCGCAAUCAGCACCUUCCUCUUCACCACCGAACAGUUUCUAACUACUAUAGCAACCCCAAGACCUUCAGUAGUCUCCAGAACUCAGGAAGACAUUCAAGCAGGACUCCAAAUCAAAUACCAUUGACUAAUGGCUCAGUCAUCAGACCGCUGGGUGAGAACCCCAGGGUCCUAAGGUUGUCCAGAAGAAGAAGAGGCCUCCCACCAGAUACCAGCCCUAGCCCCCUGAAUCGGGUUCCUUCAGACAUCAACUCAUCGAAGAAGUGCGGGACAGUGCAAUGCGAAGACGGUGAUGUCCCAUUGGAGUGUGACUGCCAUACUGGUGAGAUACUACAGAAGAAGAUGGACUGUGCUAAAGAUGGUAAAGAGGGGUAUGUGAGUAAUACUGGAGAAAUCACUGGUAGUAGUCAUGAUGAAGAACUUAGACAAAAUAGAUGUGGCCGUGUUGGAGAGAUGAGACUAGAGAGGGGCAGCUGCAUUAGUGACGACCUACAGGACAGGGUGAAUGUUAGAGAGUUAAGCUUGACCAAGGUCUCUGCUCUGGAGCCCUCUCAAAAAAGGGUCAACUUUACCAGCAUUAUCACAAACGUUGACAUCAGCCCUGUCAGUGAGGUCAUGUAUCGACAUGUCAGAGAAAAGAGACUCCAGAGAAAUCAGCCUGCUUCAUCCACAAUCCCUAAGCUAAUUACCAGAACUGCUGAUUCUAGGACUGUUGCCAGAGCUGCUACUGCUAGGACUUCUGUAACUAAAGCUGCUAUCAACUCAGUGACACCUAUACACAUACACACUGACCCACCAGCCACUUACUCUGCCAAGCACACUGCUAAGGGUACUAACAAAGGUGCUAGCAAGGACAAUACCAAGUGUACUUCACCAGCCAGCAGUUACUCUAUCCAUAAUUCUAAAGGUGCUGCAAAAGAUACUUCCAAGUGUACCACAGAAGACUCGACAAAGGACGUUGCACCUGUCAGUAGCUAUUCUACCACUUCCGAGGGCUCAACAAAGGGCCUUAACCAGACCAAGUCUACUACCUCAGCCAUCAAGACCAGGUCCAGCCCUAGAAUCCUUCUGAAACGUUAACAAACACCUGAACUAUGUCUGAAAACAUGUUCUCACAGAUUCAUUAUUCGCAAUAUUUAGAAUUGUUGAGGAAGACAGUUUUGAAAAUAGUAAAAACAACAUCAGAUACUGUUGAUCAUUAGCACUGCAUGAUGAUGGUUGUUGGCUGGUUGGAUAGUAACCCGUGACUAUGUAAUAUUCUUUACAUUUGUCAGUGAUUGUGGGAUUCGAUAUAGGAAAAUAAAUAAUGAGAAGAGAGCGUAAUGGCAGACACUUUGUAAAAUGGACAGUAUAGUGAAAAGUCACUAUUUUUAGAUGGUCCCUUGCCGUAUCUGAAAAAGUAGCUUAAUAUUUUUGUAUUAAUAUAUUCACAUAUGAAAGGCACUGUUUUAAUCAAAGCACAUAGUUUACUUGAGUCAGUCUACUGUACAGUUUUCAGUAGCAAAGGUUACAGUACAGUCUUGCCAUUUCAGUUAGAAUAAUGGGCCUCAUUCACCAACUAUUCUGUAAAAGACAUUUCUUCUUAAAAACCACUUUUGCAGCUUUCACAAAGAUUCUAACAUUCACAACUGUUUCCUUAUUUGGGAUUUUUUCUUAGGUAAGAAUGUACACACACUCAAGAGCACAGUAGUAUUAUUGACUUUGAAUUACAAUGAAUUUUUAUAAUUCAUAAUUUUUUAAAUAAUCAUUUUGAUUAUUUUACAAAAAGCAUUAUGGUUUUUAAAAUAAACACUCCACUUACAAUUCAAACAAGUUAUGUUAACGAGAACCAUGUAUCCAAUGAUUACUGUUAGAAAAAAUCACGGGCGGAUAGGACAGCCAGGGCAGAAAGUAACAAAGCACCAUUCUGGGUAAGUUAUUAAUAACUCACAGAAACACUUCGUGAAAUAGUCCACUUCCACCUAUUCUCCCCCUCUUGCUGUCUCUCUUUAAACACUUGGAGCCACCUUGCAGAAUGCCACCAUGCUCAUCUCUGUCCUCAGUCCUGACAGUUGUGCUGUAAUGCAUAAAGUUUGUGCGUGGGGUGGUUGAUUAACACAUAUUUUUAGUAUCAAAUGCAUCUUUUUGUGCUAUUUUAUAUCCAUUCCUGACUCUACUAACAGUGACAGCUUGUUUGGUGUAUGCUUCCUGCAGAAGCACGUUCACUCACUUACUUCUCUCAACUUUUCUUCUUCUUUUUCUUCUUCAAGUUCUGUGUGCGCACACCGCACUGCAGUCUCAUCCCUGCAGUCUCACAUCAUGAAUCUGAUGUAGACUUUUCUUAGGACCUUUCUUAAGAACAAAUUUAAGAAAAAACUUUGGAAGAUGUUGGUAAAUGAGGCCUAAUAUUUCAGAUCAAUAACAUAAAAGUCCUACAGAUUUCUCACUUAAUACCCACAAUGAAUCAAAGGAUAGGUUCCUAUUUUUCAAGGCUGUCUGAAAACAAUAGUCAAGUGCUCGUAUAGAUUUCAAUUUAAGUUAUGGGCAACAAAAUCCACAGUUCUGUGCAAAAACAAAGCAAAGCAACGUUGAGCUGAAACUAAUACAAGGCUUUAGCAGUCUAAGGACCCAAACACAACAAACCAACUCGUGGCAACAAAGGCCCCUGCUGUGUCGCUUUACAUCCCCUGUGUCUCAACCAAAAAAUUGCACAUGAGCACACUGGAAAGACUACAGGUGAUGUAUGUUCUAAGCCUGCUUGAGAGGAAAUAACACCAGCAGACAGUGGUUGUCUGUUAUUGUCAUUUAAAAAGGGAAACUGGAAAACUGCCAGUUAGCACAUUAACAACGCAAUCCAAUGUUUAAAGUACGGAGCUUAUUUUCCAUGCACCAGUGAACAAUACACAAACCAUCAGGAAAUGUUUCUGCUAAAGAGCUCAAACAGCUCUGGAUAAAGAAAAUAAUCUGACCUUAUGGAACAAGUUUGUUUUGGUCUCACUCCCUCUCGACUUAAGCUGUUUGUUUUUGAUUUUGUUUUUCAAAUCAGACCUUUAAGAAAGACUGUCUGCACUGUUAUUUGCAAGUGAUUAGAUCGAAUUUGUGUGUCUGGAAAUCAACAACCAAUCUGUAUGGGUUGCUAUGGUAAUGACGUGGUGUCAGUAAGUACGUAGCCACACAGGUGAUGCAGCUUUUGGACAAGGCAGCAUGAUAAAUGGAGGCUAACAAUAACAGUAAAUAGGGAAAGGGAAAAUAAAGUAAGUCUCUGUCAUGCAGCAUUGCAGAGAUAUUUAGCAUUAGUAACAGUAACAUUAUGGCUCACAUGACAUUUACCACCCCAAUGUUAACUUCUUUAGUGUCCAGUAUGCUCAGCUGGACAGUGACAUCUUACAAGAGGCUCUUUAAGAUCUAAUUUGAGCAUCAAGACUGAGACACGUUUGUGGAAAUGUGAUUUGAAUCCCAACCCAAUCCCAUGUGAAACCACUCCCAAAUGUGGUUUGUAUCUGAUUUUCAAAAAUUCUCAACUCAACUCAACUCAACUCAAACUUUUAUAGAGCACAUUUAAAACAACUGGGGUUGACCAAAGUGCUGUACAGAUUAAAAGCAGCACAGAUGAUACAAGUGACCCAUACAAUGCAGGAAUUACAAUAAAUAAAAUAAAUACUAAAGUACAUAAACACAGUGCUAUAAAAUAGAAUGAAUAAUUUUGCCAGAAGUCCAUUUAAACUCGAUUAAAAGCCAAGGAGAAGAGGUGUGUCUUUAGGGAGGAUUUAAAAACCUCAAUCAAUCCCGCAGAGCAGAUGUGCCAGGGCAGGUUGUUCCAGAGCCUAGGGACCACCACCACAAAGGCUCGGUCACCUUUGGUUUUUAGCCUCAUUUUGGGGAUGACCAGUAGCUGCUGAUUAGAAGAUCUCAAUGUUCUGGCAGGGGCGUGGAUACGGAGGAGCUCAGUCAAGUACUGGGGGGCUAGGCCAUUGAGAGCUUUAAAAACAAACAAUAAAAUUUUAAAAUCUAUUCUAAAAGCAACCAGGAGCCAGUGCAGCGAAGCUAGGACAGGAGAUAUGUGGUCACGCUUGCGUUUGCCAGUGAGGAGAUGGGCAGCUGCAUUUUGUAUCAGCUGCAGGCGGUGCAAGAGUGAGUGGUCCGGGCCAAAGUACAGUAAAUUGCAGUAAUCCAGUCGUGUGUUAAUAAAAGCAUGGAUUACAGUCUCAAGAUCUUUACGUGGCAGGUACCCUUUUACUUUUGAUAAAAUCCUCAAACGGAAAAAGCUGUCUCACAACCGAACUAACCUGGCGAUCAAAUUUCAGCCUGUCAUCAAAUAUUACACCAAGAUUUUUCACUGAUGACAGGAUGUUUGGUGUAAGGGGGCCCAGAAAGCCAGCAGGAAAGUCUGCUGGACCACAUCCAAACAUUAUGAUUUCAGUCUUGUUUUCAUUUAGAUUCAAAAAGUUUGCGGUCAUCCAGGAUUUAACAUCGUUUAGGCAAUCAAGCAAUGUCUGUACAGAGUCACUGGAUUUUGAUGUUAAAGGUAGGUAGAAUGAACAUCAUUGGCAUAACAAUGAAAAGAAAGAUUAUAAUUCUUGAAAACUGACCCUAAUGGUAGCAUAUACAGCAAGAAAUGAAAAUUGCAUUUCAUGUGGUUUUUGCUGCCCAGACUUUCUAUAUCAAUCUGAGUACUAUCUGGAUAUGCCAAAAAACGGUUUGGGCUGGCAGUCUGAAUAAGGCCUUAGUCUGUUGAAUCAAGUGGGUAUCUUCCAAAGAUAGUCUUUUUAGUAUGGGUUCUUCUCUUUGUCUUCCUGUCCACCUGCCAAAGCUCAACAGGAAAACACUUACCAGGGAAUCAAAAAGGAUGGAUUUUGUACAAAAUAGGCCAUAACUAUGGAAUAUAUAUCCACUUCAUUUGCUGGAUUCCGACUUCUGCAGCCCCAUAUUGACUUUUUACUAUUGUGUGUGUCAUCCCCAUUUCCACCAAGCAGUCUGGUACAGUACAGUUAAGUUCGGUACGCACUUUUUCCAUUUCCACUGUGAAAAGUUGUGGAUGGUACUAAUGGAACCAUUCCUAACUGCCCCCAUUUUGGUCACCCCUCUUUUGGGUUACCUAGCACACAGAUCUGGUACUAAAAUGUGGAGCAAGAAACACUGCAGUCCGUUAGAUAGAGGACCGUCACUCUUGCUGAGCGCUGAGUUGUGGCAUGAAAGGAUGUUUUGCUGCCUCUUGCAGCAGCUGUAGACUGAGAAAAAAAUAACUUAAUUAAUUAAUAACACACCUUAAAUUUCAAUAUGACAACUCUGACCAUUCCAUUAGUUUUUAUUGUCCCUCUUGGGUGACACACUUUAAGUAAUGAGUGGAUCUUCAAGCGUUUAAAAAAAAUAUAUUAAUUUUGAAUGGAUUAUGUGAACUGCAUAUAUUCUAAUCCUUGCUUGGACAAAAAUAAAAGCAUUGUGGAGCGUGGUUCCUCUGGGCUCUGGCAGCACUAAACCCUUGCGCUUGCCCAAGACGGACUAAAUGCACAAACUUGCUAUUUUUAAAUAUCCCACUGAGAGAGACUGUCACUGCAGUCUGUUCUAUUUUGUUUUAAAAAUGUUGGUGUGCAACCCUGUUCUGUGGACGAUAAAUGAGGUGCAGCCUUCUCUCUGUAUCAGGGAGUGACAACAACCCUACCCACAUUUAAGAGUACUGUUUGUAGUGGAAAUGCUGAAUGGAUCUAGUGUCUAGAUACCAUGUCUGAAGGGUUACUUUUGGUUCUGGUACCAUACAGAAAGUGUUUGGUGGAAACGGGGCUUUUUUGUACUGUGACUGUGGAUUUUGUCCUCCAUCACUCUCAUUGAAUGUGCAUUAGGAGGGGCUUUAUUAUCAGGAUGAAUGAUAACAUUGAGCAAAGUAUUGUUUUAAGACAGAUUUGAAGAAAAUAAACCAAUUCUAUAAGGAGUCAGUGGCAUGUAAAUGGAAACAUCCAUUCUAUCCACAUCGACUCUUACAGCCACCAGUACCACCAGCUGUAUAUGUGAAACCAGCAGCACAAUCACCAGCCGAACUGUCUUUACAAGCAUGUGUCAUGUCAGAAGGUCCUCCCAAUCUACUGUUUUUUUUUCAAUGUACUGUAUGUACCAUUCACAAGUACCUCACAAGGCACACAAAAGAGUAUGGAGGGGGCCGCGUAAUGACAUGUGACAUGCUUAUUUCAGAGUCUGUGUGGAUUAGUACACUUGUAAAAAUAGAAGAUAUGUGUUUGUGAGGCAGAUGAGCAACAAACAUAUGAAGUAAAUACUGGUGACAUGGGUUGUCCUUAGCUGUCAACAUGGCCAUCACAUUGUAAGAUAAUUGACUGGAUGAGUCCCCACACUAGAAAUCAUGGAAAUGACUGAAACAUCAGGAGGCUUUAAGAUUAUAUCAGGUGCUAUCAGGUGCUAUUAGCUUGCUCAUAAACAUGGGAGGUUAAAUAGAAGACUGGUAAAAUCACAUGGCUGUGUUAAAUAAAAUUAAUCUAACUCUGGUAACUCCAAAUGAAAAGAAAAAAGAAAACAGCAACUGUGGGAGAUGGCAAAGCUGUUGCCUCUUCUAUAGCUAUCAAAAUCAUCUUAAGGUUGCCAAGAUAUUUCUGCACACAGGGGCUUCAAAUAAGUAAAUGUGUUUGUAAACCACUUUGUGAUACUCUGUCCAUGCUUUUGUCCACCAGCACAUUUUAAACUAUGUUAUGCAUAAAGCAUUGAAUCAGUUUCAUAUCAUACCUCAUUUCAUCAUAAUCAUACCUCAUUUCAUCAUACCUUUCUCAGCUGUGGAGCAUUAAUAAACCAUAUACUGACAUGUGCAUUCAAGGCCUUUAAACACAAGGGGCAUUUCUUCCAUAUGGUUAAUUUGCUCUUCAGUACAUACUCUUCAAACUGUUACCUUUGUUAUGAGUACUUAAACACAGAACAUGAACAUUACGCAAUGAAAAGCACCGUUUUGUUUACUUGAAUGAGGUCAGUUUUUCUAGACUUUUGCACCGCAAAAAAAAGGAUCAACGCAUCAAUCACUUUGUGCCCACAAAAAAUCCUCUGAAUGAGGAUUACAACACAACAUGGAGGCUCACACAAACCAACCAUGGACUGUUUACCAAAAUUUAAAUUACUCCUCUGACAAAGGAAGUCCAUGUCAGAUCCACUCCUUCAUUCUUACCUUUCACAAUAAUUGCCUGAGACGUGUACACUGUGUAACUGUUUACCAGAGGGUACUCAAAUUUUGUCAGAACAUUUCAUAAAAAGAAGCUUGAUAUAAUAGCUUCCAAUACCUUCGGCUAAACAACAACUUACUGCAGACAGACCGCAGACAAAAGCUUUUGUUGAACAAGUGUUGCAGCUGUCACCAAUUCACAUCACUGCCAGUGUGAAUAGUUUUGAUACAAAAUUCAAUUCAAUUCAAUUCAAUUUUAUUUAUAAAGCCCAUUAUCACAAAUAACAAUUUGCCUCAGAGGGCUUUACAGCAUACAACAUCCCUCUGUCCUUUGGAACCUCACAGCGGAUAAUGACAAACUCCCCUAAAAAAAUGGUAGACACCUCGGGAAGAGCAACUGAGGAGGGAUCCCUCUACCAGGAUGGACAGACGUGCAAUAGAUGUAGUGCAGAAAGUCAAAAUGAUACAGAAAGAGAGACAGAGACAGAGAGAGAGACAGAGAGAGAUGCAGGACAGACAGUAAUGACAGCUUACAAUAACAUUAAUUUAAGUAAUAAUAUUACAAUAAUAAUUACGGCUAUUGUGGUACAAUAUAUUGUAGGUAUGACUAAUGAUAAUAGCAACAGUAGGAGGCAUCAGGCAGGACCAUGGCAGCAGCACAACCACGUCACACAAUCCAGGCACAGCUGCGAUACAAGGUAACCUGCAAGACAGUGGAGCGCAAAGGCUCCAGAGAAGAAGCCGAGUUAGUGACAUGCAGUAAUAGGAUGUGAAUGUUAGCAAAGGAGAGAGAGAGAGAGAGAGAGAGAGAGAGAGAGAGACACAGACAGACAGAGAGAGAGACAGAGAGAGAGAGACAGGGAGAGAAGGUGCUCAGUGUAUUAUAGGUGAUGUAUUAUAGGAGGUUCCCCGGCAGACUAGGCCUAUGUCAGCCUAACUAGGGGCUGGUCCAAGGCAAGCCUGAGCCAGCCCUAACUAUAAGCUUUAUCAAAGAGGAAAAUCUUUAGGCUUGUCUUAAAUGCGGAGACGGUGCCUGCCACCUGGACUGAAACAGGAAGAUGAUUCCACAGAAGAGGAGCCUGAUAGCUGAAGGCUCUGGCUCCUGAUCUACUUUUGGAGACAUUAGGGACCACAAGUAAAGUUUUAACUAGUGCUGUCUCAGUGGGGAUGCACUCUAAAUCCCGACUGAAAUUCCUCAAAUAAAUUAUUAUCGCAGAGAAAGUCACACAGCUGGUCUGCGACUACUUUCUCAAGGAUCUUUGAAAGAAAGGGAAGAUUAGAAAUCGGUCUAUAGUUGGCUAACACCUCUGAGACAAUUGUCGUACUUAGCCUGCUAAUAAAGAUAUAGUGAUCAUGUCUAAUAAGUCAGUGUUAGCUGAAGGUAAGACUUCCUUAAGUAGCCUAGUUGGGAUGGGGUCUAAGAGACACGUUGAUGAUUUAGAUCAUUGAAGUCAGUUGUUGAAGAGAAAUCGGGGAGAAGCUAUCUAAAUGUAUAUUAGGUCUUACAGCUGUGUUUGAGGGCAGAUUGGUUCCGUUUGAGGGCAGGAGGUCAUGAAUUUUGCCUUCAAUAGGUAAAAUUUUGUCAUUAAAAAAGAUCAUAAAAUCAUUCCUGCGAAGGGCUAAAGGAAUAUAAGGCUCAAUAGAACUGCGAAUCUCAGUCAGCCUGGCUACAGUGCUGAAAAGAAACCUGGGGUUAUUCUUAUUUUCUUCUAUUAAUGCUGAAUAAUAGUUUGCUCUGGCAUUGCGGAGGCCCCUCUUAUACGUUUUGAGACUGUCUGCCCAGACUAAACAAGAUUCUUCCAGUUUGGUUAAUCGCCAAUUCCUAUCAAAUUUUCACGAUAUUUGUUUUAACUUACGGGUUUGAGAGUUGUACCAAGGAGCGAACUUUCUUUGCUUUGAUAACUCCUUUUUAAGAGGUGCUACGGAGUCGAGUGUUGUUCACAGCGAGCCUGUAGCGCUAUCAACAAGAUGAUCAAUUCCCAGAGAGUUUAAAGUCGGUAUGGGAAACCUCUGUUACAGAAGGACAUGGUAUUAAAUGGCAUCGAUGGAAUCAUUUCCUUAAAUUUUGCGACAGCACUAUCUGAUAAACACCUAUUAUAGUAACUGUUGCUAAGUGGCGUGUAAUCGAGUAGAAAGAAGUCAAAAGUUAAUUAUUAAAUAAUGAUCUGGGAGAGAGGGAUUCUGUGGACAAACUAUUAGGUUAUCAGUUUCAAUUCAAGAACUAGAUCGAGGGUGUGGUUAAAACAGUAAGUGGGUUUAUAUACACCCUGACUGAAGCCAAUGGAGUCUAAUAAUGAGAUAAACGCAGUAGCGAGGGGGUCAUUAUCAACGUC